AUUAACGACACUUUUUGUUGGAACCUUUCCCAUCACUACCGGACAUAAUUCAGCCGCGCCCCGAAUGAAAGGAAUAGAUUAUUCGGUGCUGGUAGUGGUGGCGGUGAAUGUCUCGUAAAAUGUUCGCUUGAAAGAGUGAGAAGAUGAAUAGAGAGGUUUAGCAUUAGGAUAAGCGCGAUGUGUACUCGACAUUCAUUUCGGCCAUAACUCAAGCGAGCUAAAGAAAAUAAACACAACCGUUCGGCGAUUGCACAAGGGUAGGAACGGGUGCGUCCUACACUUGGUGACACCAUUCGACGGUUUUAUGACCCCUAGGUUGGGAAGGCGCCACUAUAGGCUGCCCAGCGUUGGCGGACGGUUGUAAUUGCAGGUUGAAAGUGAAACUGUGUGAUCUGAUUGAUGAUCGCCAUACUUAAUCGAUUGAAAGCUAGCGAUAAUCGCAAGAGUUACCCAUUCACAAUCACAGAGACGAGCACCGAGGGACGGAUGAUACUUUACCGUGGGGUUGCGCCAGAGCAACGGAACGACUUCUUCGGACAAGCUACCAUCACGACCAUGGUGCACCGCAGCGCGCCACAUCACAUUAACUCGACCUACGUAGCCCAAAGCAUACCAAUGUUUCGCAAUGCAAGGUGAGCCCCGGUGCAUCUGUGAGUUCAGGUGGCAGGCAGAUGCUAAAGCAUCGGUUUAUCGAUGACUCUUCCCCCUGCCAGCACCAGGAUAAGGACGUACCGGAUUGGCAGUGGUCGCCACAAGGUGGAUCUUCACUUCCAACUAAUCACCACCAACCGCUUCAACCAGCGCUUGCAGGGCUGGUACUCGUACUCGCUACCACUGUUUCACGAGCAUCUCACCAUGUACAUUCACUACACCCAUCUAAGCUAUCAUGAGCAAUCGUCGCAAAUUUUAAGUAUCGUCCUGCUCCCGUUCGCACUGCUGGGACUGUUGUUAUGUCUCUCCCUGCUGUUGGCAUUACGCACGGGCAACUCUUACCGCAGCGACCGCAACCAAUCCCGUCCGGUUUCGUUUAUCGACACGCUUAUCUGGAUGGUGGGUGUUUUAGCGCAGCAGGGCAGUAUCAUCCGUCCAAAUUCAUCGUCCAGCAUGGUCAUCAUCCUGGUAGCGCUUUACAUGUCCGCAAUCAUCUACUGCUCCUACCUGACGAAGAUUGCCUCGCUGCUCUCGGUGGACGCGAGCGUAAAUCUUGAUCUGCAAACGGUGCUUUCGGCAGGACAGUAUCAGAUCGGUUUCGUAGGCAACAAUACGGCGGACGAAACUGUUAUCCAGAAACGAUACGAUCCAGUGAUGAACGAGAUUAUGCGACGGAUGGUGCAGAACAGUUCACUAUACUCGCUAUCCCACGAACAUGCGUUGCACCGCGUACUUACCACGAAAUAUGUACUGAUUGGCAAUGUGGGAAGUGUGCGCAAGGCGAUGCAAACUCUAGACGAGCAGCAAAACUGUAACAUCACGGAAAUAGAGCUAACAGGAAUCGAGCAGAUGAUUGCACUGCAAAUGCCAUCGUUCUACGCGUACCGCAAAAUCAUCCAUUAUGAGUAAGUGUAGCGGCAGUCGGCGUGAGAUACACAAUUUAUGAGUUUCCUUAUUUUUUUGAGUCACAGAAUUUUACGAUAUUAUUCAAACGGCGUAAGACAUCGGCUUGGAUUAGGAACUAUUCCGUCCCGCAGAAUGUGCGUUCCAAACAAGCAGUUUUACCGGAUCACCUUGUGCAACAUUACUGUGCAUCUGUACUUGCUAAAAGUGGGUUUCACACUAGCAGCCAUUUUGGUGUGUUUCGAAUUGUUGUAUAAUCACGUAAAGAAGUUUAAACAAAACAAGGCACGAAAAUUCAAGGGGUAAAGUAUGAAAGUAUUUGUUGCGAAUACAACCUUUCCAACAAUUACGGAAUGUGCCAUUUUGUAUAUCUCACACAUAAAUUAUAGACGGCCUGUUAGUGGCCAGAUUU